AACACCGCCUGUCUAAUUGUUGCUGCUGCUGCUUUUCAUUCGCGUGAAAAAUGUUAUCCGCUAUUCGGCGUCGGAGUUGUGGCCGCUUGUUGAACCCCAAAAUACUAAAUUUGAUUUUGUUUCAGUGAACUGGAUACAUCAACGACUUAAAAGGUAUUGUACACCAUGAUCUAAGGUGUUUGAAGUUUGCCUUUCCUCUGUGGACAAACUGGCCCUCACAAGCAACAGUCAUGUCUCAGUCUGAGUCCUGUUUGUCAGUGUGGGACUGGUUGUGUGUGCUUCGUCUUGAGCAGUAUUCUGAGGCAUUUCGGAGUGCCGGGCUGGCAACUCUGCAACAAUGUCGCACCCUUACACCACGUCAGCUGGAGCAUAUGGGCAUCACCCUGUCAGGUCACAGGAGACGCAUUCUGGCUAGCUUGAACAAAACACAGGAUAAUGUUGACACAAAAUCUGAUAGACUAUCUCAUGUUGCACAGUCUGAGAGAGAUCAGAGGUUGGAGGAAACAGGACCUGGUAAAGUAUUGCAGAGCGAGAGACCUGUGCCCGUCCCAGUGGAAGCUAAAGUUGUCCUUAAGGAAAAGGAGAAACUGAGAAGUGGUGAUCCAUUGAUGACAAUGCCCAGAGAUAGAGAGCAACCAGUCCCCAGGGAGAGACAAGUUUCAAGGAUGAAAGACGAAAGUAGAGAAGGAGCAGAGAAGACACCCGUUCCUGGAAAAAGACAAUACUUGUCCAAAGGAGGAGUAGAAGAGAGCAAUGGAGGAAAAGGUGGAGAGAGGGAGAGGCCUGUGCCUAAAGAGAGGACUAAGUUUCGCCCUAGUGCUCCAGUCGAUUGCCAACCCUGCCCCGAUGAUUCUCCAACUUCUGACACCUCUCUACCCCCUGUCCCCCCACGAAGCACUCCCAACUGCCCCCCGCAGCGCUUCACCUCACCCUUGAACCCCUCACCUCCACCUCGUUCACCUGCAUCACCCAAACUGGACCAACAUGAUGUAACAGCCCCACCUGUACUGAGCAGAUCUGUGUCCAAGAGUGCAUCCCCAAUCACAACCCCUUCCCAUACUCCCACACAUGCCCCUCUUCACCCUCCAAGUUUCCCCUUAGCCCUAACUCGGCCUCAGACAUUAGCCAUUCAGCCACCUGGCCAACAUUUAGGCAGUGAUGGAGGAAGAAAAACAUCACCUGUCUCACCCAUGGCUUCCCCCAGCGAUGACAGAUAUGUUCCACCUCUCCCUCCAAAAGUGGGAGUGGUACCAAAGUGCCCUCCACCAAUCCCACAACGGAUUCCAGCACAGUCUCCCAGAAAGAAUAGCCCCUCUCCUCCACUCCCCACCAAGACGGUUGCUAAUGAGUUGCACAGGGAACAAACUCCUCUGGUCCCACCUCGCAUCAGGACACUUAAAUCCCAGGAAAACACACAACAGCCAUCUCAAGCUGACCUUCAAAAGGCUGUGUCCGAUAAGAGGGUCUCCCAACCCCUGCAUGAGCACAACUCGGAUUCACUGGAUGAUGACUCUGACGACUACGAGGAUCCAGUCUUGUUUCACCCUAGUGUUCAUUGCAUGAAAACACCAGACAGGGAUAUGUCCCUGCAAGUUCCCAGAACGACAAAGGAACGGUACAGUUCUCUGUGCAGCGAUGAUGAGCUGCUGGAUGAUGAUGAGCCAACCCUGUGGCAGGAUGAGGUUCUCAGUAACCUGCAAGGCAGUGUCUACCUGCCAAAGUCAGGCAGACUGGCUCAGGCCACUAAAGAGGACAGCUCUCAGCUCGCUGCCGUCAUCAAGAUGGGCUGGCUGGACAAGAAUCCACCUCAGGGGGCCCUUUAUUAUCAGAGACGAUGGGUAAAGCUGGAUGUCGACUACCUGAGAUACUUCGACAACGACAAGGAGGUGUAUUCUAAGGGGAUCAUCUCUACCGCCUUCAUCACUAAUGUGAGCAGUGUGGGAGAGCUGAAGUUUGAGGUCGUCACUAACAACCGAACGUUUAUCUUCAGGGCUGAAAAUGAAGCUGAAAGAAACGACUGGGUGACUGUACUGCAAGACUGCACCAGGGGGCGCAAGCCCCGCAAUACCAUGAGCCCUGGCUCACCUUUGGCCCCAGACUUUCAAGGCAAUCUAGAACUAAGGGGGUUACGCUCCAAACUUUAUACUGUUGUCGCAUUAGAUAAAGUCUUUCUUUACAAAAAUGUAGAGGACUAUCGAUUAGGAGUGGGUAUCACAUCCAUUGAGAUGAAUGUAGGAAAUGUUAAAGAAACUGAUCGUCGUACUUUUGAUCUCACCACACCUUACCGCAUAUUCAGUUUCAUCGCAGAGUCUGAGCAGCUGCGAGAGCAGUGGGUAGAGGCCAUGCGGGAUGCGAUAGGUGAGGCCUUGUCGAAUAGCGAGGUGGCGGAUCAGAUCUGGAUGGAGCCUAGCAACAGUCUCUGUGCAGACUGUGGCGCUUCAAAGCCAGAAUGGGCUGCCAUCAACCUGUGUGUGGUGGUCUGCAAAAGAUGCGCAGGAGAGCACAGAGGAUUGGGUCCAAGCAUCUCAAAGGUUCGUAGUCUGAAGAUGGACAGGAAGGUUUGGACAGAGGAGCUUAUACAGGUGUUCUGCUUGCUCGGUAACGAGAGGGUUAACAGUUUCUGGGCAGCCAACGUCCCGCCAAGUGAAGCCUUGACACCUUCUAGCUGCAGCGACGAGAGACGACGAUUCAUCACUCACAAAUACCGCCAGGGCAAAUACAGGAAGUACCACCCUCUGUACGGAAACCAGAGAGAGCUCAACAAUGCUCUAUGUAUAAAUGUGCAGUGCAGUGAUGUUCUGGAGACGGUGAGCCUGAUUUUCUGCGGCGCAGAUGUAAAUUGUUCAACUGGUAUGGCAAGUUGGCCUUCCCCUCUAUCCCUGGCCAACGCACACUCACAACCUUUACAGGCGGAGCUAAUUAGCCACAAUCUCAACACAGAGCUGCCGCGGUCAGAGGUGGGCGGGGACAUGGAGGCGCUUCAUUAUUCACCACAACCUUGUGUGUCUUACAAUGGCUUCCUAUUCAAAACCGCUUCCAUGGCUAGAGCCAUCACAGAGCACAAGUCAAGAGAGGAGUUCAGCCGUCGCUGGUGCACGCUGAAUGAUGGAACCUUCAGCUACUAUGAGAGUGACAAGAACUCAAACCCUAAUGGAUCCCUGAAGGCCACAGAGAUAGUCUGCUUGGCUGUUGAUGUCCAUGAGAAACAUGGGUAUGACCACACAUUUGAACUCUGCUCAGAGUCAGAGCGUCUCUAUCUGUUUGGCACCGAUGACCCAGACAGCCACAAGGAAUGGGUCAAGUCUAUUGCCAAGAGCCUCAUCCCAGCCUCUGCAGAGCCUUUAUUGAGGUUGGGUUUUGAGCGGAUCGGGCGUCUGAAGUGUAAAGAUGGUCUGAACCUUCAAACAUCCAAGGUCGGCUGGUUUGCUCUGGUGGGCUCCACACUUCACGCUUACCUCGGGGACAACCAAGGAGAGGAGAUCCACCUCCGCAAGCUGAAUGAACUCUCUAUUCAACAAGACAAUGAGGUGCUUGUGCUGGUGGAGAAAGGCAGAACUCUGUACAUUGAGGGAGAGAGGAAGUUGGACUUUGCCGGCUGGUGCAGUGCCAUCCAGGCGGCAGCGGGUCGCGGAGGAGACACUCUGAGCCAGCAGCAGCUGACAGAGACAGACAUCCCUGUCAUAGUGCACAGCUGCAUCGGCUACAUCACGCAAUGCGGCUUGACGUCUGAGGGGAUCUAUCGUAAGAGCGGUGUGAACUCCCGCGUGGCAGCGCUGUGUGAGAAAUUCCGUUGUGAUGCUCGCAGUGUUCGUCUGAGGGAAGGAGAGCACCAGGUGGACGACGUGUCCAACACACUCAAACGCUUCUUCAGAGAGUUAGAGGAGGGACUGUUCACGUCAAAGGAUGCCUCCACCUGGCUCAAUACUGCUGCCAUCCAAGAUGAAAGUAUGAAAAUCUCCCAGUACCAGCUGCUGUUUAAGAGACUGCCUCGUGUCAACAAGGCUACUCUACAAGCUCUUAUUAACCACCUAUAUUGCGUGCAGCGUUUUUCAGAGCUGAAUCAGAUGAACCUCCAUAACCUGGCCAUAGUAUUCGGUCCCACACUGUUUCAGACUGACGGGAAGGACUACACUGCUGGUCGCGCCGUAGAGGACCUCAUCCAGUUCUACACACUCAUCUUUGAGGUGGAUGAGCAGCAGCUAAAGAAGCAGCUAGAGGAGAUAACUGUUAUCAUCCAAGUGCGAGAGAAACUCAACAUGAAGUUUCCUAGCACUGAACCUGGAGGUCACUUCAUCUGCACAGUUUAUCUGGAGGAGAAGAAGGACACAGCAGAGCAACAUGUCAAGAUCCCCGGCUCUAUGACAGCAGCAGAGCUGACCUGUGAGGUUCUGGACCGGCGUAACAUCCCGGUUAAAGACAAAGAGUACUGGAGCUGCUGGGAGGUCAGCGAGAAGGAGGAAAUGGAGCGACCGCUGCACUACCAGGAGCGAGUCUUACCCAUCCUUCACGCCUUUGGCACAGACUCCAAUCUACUCAUCAAGAAGCAUCUCGCAAUGGACAUGAUGAUCCUCUACUUAGCCAGUAAAGUGGAUGCAUCCAAACACGGCAAUAUGAAAUUCAGAGAAGAGCGAAGUAUCUUGGGAUUGGGACUCUCCUCUGGAAGUUUUCACGACCGAUAUUUCAUCCUCAAUUCCAACUCUCUGAGAAUGUACAAAGAAAUCAGAAGUAAUCGUGCAGAGCGUGAAUGGCCCGUAAAAAACCUGAAGGUCUACCUAGGAAUAAAGAAGAAACUCAGGCCUUUCACAUGUUGGGGGCUGACAGUGGUGUAUGAGAGUAAGAAACAAGAGAAGUCCGAGAAACAGCAGUGGUAUCUUUGCUGUGACACGCAGUCAGAGAUGAGGGAGUGGUAUGCUACUUUUCUCAGUAUCCAGUAUGAUGGAGACGUGUGGCCUCAAGACGGACUCAAGCAGACACGUGUGAACCGUGUGAUGCCGACAGACACGCGUCAUGGUAACGUGUCGCUGAUUCCACUGCGUGGCAGUGAGAAUGAGAUGCGGAACAGUGUAGCAGCUUUCAGCCAAGACCCGCUUGCUCUCUUUAGAGAUGUUCGAUAAUGGUUGCAGAAGCACAGGUUUGGUGGUUGCCCUCAAAAUUUGAAUGACAUCAUCAUUCUUCCACUGUAUGGACCAGAAAGAAGGACAAUAUUAAAAGUUUGUGGAUUAUGGCCUUACACAGGCUUCUGCUCCUCUGAAUAUGAACUGGACCAUAAAGCAAACGGACAACAGGAUCACAUGUAUAUUACAAACCGCCGCUGGUUUCCAUGCGCAGAAGAAUUUCACUUGACUUGAUGUACAGAACUGGAACCUUUUGAUGGACAACAAUCAUGAAGUCCUGACUCGCAUUGUGCUCAACGUGCAGGAAGUCUGCGCACAACAUUUCACUGUUUGCAUUGUUUAGUAUCGUUGGGACACAAUCACUGUGUUGCAUUAUGGGACAAAGGCAUGAAAAGAUAUGCUGAGAGAAACUGUCAUUUCAAUUUGUUUCAGAAAAGACUUCUAUGGACCAUUCUAGGCACAAGCUAUGAGUGCUGAGUUUGUUUUAACAGGUAAUUAAAGUUAUUGACUUGCAGUUGUAGCUGAAUCCUAAUUUAAUAUGUUUGCUUGUUUUUAUAUGUUUACUCUUAUUCUAUUGCUUAAAUAUUGGUCUUGGACGCAAAGCUGAUGUCGGAGAUGACGAUGACCUAAUUUAGUCUAGAAUUUGUUCCACUGAGACCAGGACUGAGGAGUGACAGGUGACAGGUGACAGAUCUUUGUUACUCUGCAGGACUUUGCCAGUAUGUUCAAACCUUCCUUAGAGUUUCUUUUUUGUUGCUUUUUGUUUGUGAAUGGAACAUUUAGUAAAUAGUUGUAUUAUAAAGUCUCCGUAGUGUCUGUUUAAGGGUGUGAAGGAAGGAGAGGCAUGUGUGGAAAAACACAUUCUCCUUAGAAGAAACUUCUGGUUGAGGGCCAGAUGGCUUUUUACUUUUACGUUUGGAAAAUGUGAUAUAAUUAUUUACUAUUUUUAAAUCAUAUAAACAAAAUUUAACUUAAAUAGGUCACAUACUGAAGCCUUGUUAUUAUUAGAGGUAUUAUUCUGUACAUAAUAGUCAGUUUAGUCACUAACCAGCUGUAUUUGUAAAGUUUUACAUUAUGAAUUAGUCGUAUUGGAAUAAAUAUGUUCAUCAUGCACAGCGUAAUAUCUUUGCAGCAGUUUGUGUUAGUUCAUCAACGACUCUAACACAGUGCACAAAAGUUACAUUUAAUGAUCUGUAAUUAAAGUGGAUUAAAAUCUCUA